GUAAUAUCUAUAACGGAAGAGGAUUCUGUGCUUGUCAUUUGUUUCCUGUUGUCGGGCACUGACAACAGAAGCUGCAGUUGCUAGAGGCCACCCGCUAAAGGAUCAGUUUGACGUUUGAAAGAGGGAGACAGAAGGCAUUAAAAAUGGACAGUGAAGAAAAGACUUAUGGUGGUUGUGAGGGGCCAGAUGCUAUGUACGUGAAAUUGAUCUCAUCUGAUGGCCAUGAGUUUAUUGUGAAGAGAGAACAUGCUCUGACAUCAGGAACAAUCAAAGCUAUGCUCAGUGGUCCCGGCCAGUUUGCAGAGAAUGAAACAAAUGAAGUCAACUUUCGAGAGAUUCCCUCUCACGUCCUUUCUAAAGUGUGCAUGUAUUUCACAUACAAAGUCCGCUAUACUAAUAGUUCAACAGAAAUCCCAGAAUUUCCUAUUGCUCCAGAGAUAGCACUGGAGCUUCUGAUGGCUGCAAACUUCUUAGAUUGUUAAACAUACAAGCAAACAUUAAUACAUCUGACUGCAGAAUAAAUAUGAAAAGAAAACGCAAUAUUAUUGGUUUAUUUUAUUAACUUUUACAUUUUUUUUUUUCUAAAUUGCAAAGAUGUCUUCAGUAAUGUUCUCCUAUUAACUGGUUAUUUCAACCAGACAGACGUGUCAUUUUAUUAUUUAUCUCCUUACGUUAACAAGUUCAAAAAUUUGUUCAAAUAGAUUUGUUAUACCUUUUCUGCUUGUGGAUCAGACAGACAGAAUUCUUGUGAUUGUUAGCAGUAGUCAUUUGGAAGUUGUCGAAUAAAAUCAGCUGUUCUUGAAAGUA